AUGAAAAUGGCACAAAAACUGGUAAAUAUUACAAAAUUGCAGAAACUAGCAAAAGCUGAUGAAAAUGGAUCAAAAAAAUGGUGGGGAUGGAUUGCGAAGAAUUUAAGAGUGAGAUUCCUGGACAUUAAGAUCGUGGCAGAACAGAUGGCUGCCUACGUCUGUGAUACAGCCAACGUCUGUGAUACAGCCUACGUCUGUGAUACAGCCUACGUCUGUGAUACAGCCAACGUCUGUGAUACAGCCAACGUCUGUGAUACAGCCAACGUCUGUGAUACAGCCAACGUCUGUGAUACAGCCAACGUCUGUGAUGCAGCCAAUGUCUGUGAUACAGCCAACGUCUGUGAUACAGCCAACGUCUGUGAUACAGCCAACGUCUGUGAUACAGCCAAUGUCUGUGAUACAGCCAACGUCUGUGAUACAGCCAAUGUCUGUGAUACAGCCAACGUCUGUAAUACAGCCAAUGUCUGUGAUACAGCCUGCGUCUGUGAUACAGCCAGCGUCUGUGAUACAGCCAACGUCUGUGAUACAGCCAACGUCUGUGAUACAGCCAAUGUCUGUGAUACAGCCAACGUCUGUGAUACAGCCAACGUCUGUGAUACAGCCAACGUCUGUGAUACAGCCAACGUCUGUGAUACAGCCAACGUCUGUGAUACAGCCAACGUCUGUGAUACAGCCAACGUCUGUGAUACAGCCAACGUCUGUGAUGCAGCCAAUGUCUGUGAUACAGCCAACGUCUGUGAUACAGCCAACGUCUGUGAUACAGCCAAUGUCUGUGAUACAGCCAACGUCUGUGAUACAGCCUGCGUCUGUGAUACAGCCUGCGUCUGUGAUACAGCCAACGUCUGUGAUACAGCCAACGUCUGUGAUACAGCCAACGUCUGUGAUACAGCCAACCCUGUCAGUGCUGACUCGCAGCCUGUCAGUGCUGACCCGCAGCCUGUCAGUGCUGACUCGCAGCCUGUCAGUGCUGACCCGCAGCCUGUCAGUGCUGACCCGCAGCCUGUCAGUGCUGACUCGCAGCCUGUCAGUGCUGACCCGCAGCCUGUCAGUGCUGACCCGCAGCCUGUCAGUGUUGACCUGUCAGCUUGA